AUGUUUGACGAUUGCGUGACGCCGCGGACGACGACGUGCGGGCGGCAUCGGCAACGAGUUUCGUUUCUUUUGAUCAACUCAGCGAACGUGAUGUCGGCGUUGGAGACGCUCAAAGUGUGCGAUUUGUUGAUGGUGAUCGCGCCCGUGAGCGCGCACGAGCCGAGCGCGGUGGUGGCGCGGUGUUUACCGACGCUGAAGGCGCUCGGGAUUCCGCAAACGCUCCUCGCGCUCAGAGGAUUGGACGACGUGAAGCAAGCGAAGAGGCAAGAGGUGAAAAAAGCGAUGCUGAACAUCGUCGCGACAGAGUUACAAAUUCCCACCGACCGCGUGAAAACGCUACCGGCCACAUCGCGAGCCGAAUUCACCGAGUUGGUGCGACAAACGGUGGAGCUUCGCGGCGAGACGCCGCGUUGGCGCGGUCAGCGGCCGUAUGUGCUCGCGCAUCGUCGCGAGAUCAUCCCCGACGUGAGCGACGAUCGAUUUGCUACCGUCGUCGUUGAAGGGUACGUUCGUGGUGUGCCUGCGACCGCGAGUCAGCUUUGGCAUUUGCCGGGCGUGGGCGACUUCCCAGUCGUUAAAAUUGAGUCCAUCGCCGAGCCUGCGCAGGCGCGCGCGAACGCUGUGAGUCGUAACGACGCAGCGAUGGAAGGUAACGAGGUACUGAUGACGUGGACGCGGGAUGCCAACAUAGCUCAGGAAGUUAUGCGGGAAAACCAACCGGAUUCAAUGGCUGGUGAACAAACGUGGCCGACGGCAACAGAGCUCCAACUCGCCGAGCUCGAGGCGAAGAGGAAAACUCGCCCGGCUGGUAUGAGCGAUUAUCAAGCAUCGUGGCUUUUAGACGCCAACGAAGAUGGCAACGCCAAUGAAGACGCAGAUGAUGCCGACGACGCCACCAUGGACGACGCGCCUGGAGAUGACACAUUUGGCGCCGAGGCGGAGAUGCGCGAAGGCGGUGCCGACAUCGCGGAAGAUGGGGAAUCAGAUGAAGAAUGGGUGAAUGCUGGUGGUGAUGAUGAAGACGAGGUCGAUUUGGAAACGCGUCGAAACCUGGACAUGGCCGAGCGCGAUAGUAACAAGCGCGCGGCGCUUCAAGACGCAGAGAAUGAGGACAUGAAGUUUCCAGACGAAAUGGACACGCCAGCGCAUUGCGUCGCUCGCGACAGAUUCGCAAAGUACAGAGGGUUAAAAUCUUUCAGAUCUUCGCCGUGGGAUCCCAAAGAGUCGCUUCCCUACGAUUACUCGCGCGUGUUUGCGUUCGAAAACUUCAAGCGCGCGCAUAAACGCGCGCUACAAGUUCAAGAAGAGGACUCAGUGGGCGGCGCGCAAAUCGGAACGUACGUGCGAAUCACCAUCGCUGGCGUCCCACGCAUCGGUCUCGGCGUUGGUCCGUCCUGGAGCGGUUGGGUUGGUGGCGCCGGGCCUGUGGUGUUGAGUGGCUUGAUGCAGUACGAGUCAUGCCUUUCGCUGAUGAACUAUUGCGUCACAAAGUCGACGUACUACGACGCGCCGUUAAAGUCGAAGGAUCCACUUUGGUUCCACGUCGGAUUUCGCCGCGAGCGCGCUGGUCCGGUGUAUAACACCGAUAAUCUCGGCGAUAAGCACAAGCUCGAGCGCUUUUUGCGCGCUCGCUCGCCGACGAUUGCCAGCGUGUACGCGCCCAUCACGUACGGGCCGGCGCCCGUGAUCGGGUUCAAGGAAUCGUUCACAUCACACGGGAUCAAAGUCGAUCUCUGUCUCACGGGAUCCGUACGCGAUGCGAACCCAGAUAGAAUCGUCCUCAAGCGAGUAAUCCUGAGCGCGCUUCCGUUUCGUACGCACAAACACAAGGCGGUGGCGCGAUACAUGUUCCACAAUCCCAACGACAUUCGUUGGUUCAAACCUUUGGAACUUUGGACAAAGUACGGAUUGCGAGGUAAAAUCGUCGAGCCCGUGGGCACGCACGGUCGCAUGAAGUGCGUGUUCAACAACGUCAUCCAUCAGCACGACACGAUUUGCGCGACGCUUUAUAAGCGCAUCUACCCGAAAUUCGCCGCAUCGGAGCAGCACGCGCACGCCGCGACGUGA